AUGACCGGCCAGAACAGUGCAGGAUCAGUGAACGAGCCUCAGCUGGUCCAUAAAGUUUGCCCUUCACCAUGGAUUAGCCAUGACAAUCGCUGUUUCCUAUAUGAGAGUGUCGACAAGACAUGGCAUGAUGCUGAGAAGCACUGCGUAGCUCAGGGCGGACACUUGGCCUCAGCUCACAGCCAUGCCACGAUUGAGUUCUUCCAGGGAUUGAUUCCUCGGUAUGGUGUUUGGAUUGGGGGCCACAAAGAGAACGAUGUGUGGAAAUGGGCGGAUGGUUCCCAGUUUGAUGUGAAGCCGUAUCACGAGAACAGGACACAUGCUAGAUGGCAAAAAUACCACCCCUACGACGAGGAUUGUAUGGAGCAAUAUCGCUUUAGUUUACUCCAGAGUUCUGCAUGCAUUUACAGGCAAGCAUUCAUUUGUCAGAAGUGA